CUCAUCGGACGCGUAUCUUCAGCAUGACUUCCGAAAUAAAUGUUGUGCCUGCCACCGCUGAAGACUAUAAAGAGGUGAUGUCCAUCUCUGGUGGAAUAUACAAAGGAACUGACUAUCUGCCUUAUAGAUACCAUGCAUGGUUGAAGGACCCUCGUCGGAGGAUGUUCCUGGCCAAAUGUGAUGGCAAAGUGGUGGGCUUUGAGUCGUUCUUGCUGGUGGAUGGUGGAGUUACUGCGGUGGUGGAAGGUCUUCGAGUAGCCCCCUGGAUGAGAGGACGAGGGGUGGCUGGUAUUAUUCAAAAAUUCUGCAUAGACACCCUGCGUUCAGACCACCCUGAGGUUACGACAGUCAGUCUGACCCGUGCAGAGAAUCCUCCGCCCUCCAUGCUGAAGAAGUACAGCAUAAUCAACUGCAAGGCUGUCAUAUCGGUGCACCUUCCCUCUGACCAGUUUGAAGAAGGGCUCAAGUUGCUGGAAAGUCAGGUGGACAAUUCAGAAAGGUCCAUAAACCACUCUGUCCUUGGACCUAGCGAAGUGCUGAAACUCUUUGAGGGGACUAAACUAGAAGAAGAGCUGCUUCCUGGAGGAAGACUGGUUCAGGGUUGGCUUCCUCUGACCACCCACAGAGUCAACCUGGAGCUACUUUUAGAACGGAAGAUCAUUUGGCUCUAUUCCCACCCAUGUGAUACUGGGGAUUACCUAGCGGCCUCAAGUGAUAACACCACUAGUGACACCAGCAGAUGCCAUCCCACCCAAGAGCACAGUGCAAUCACUGCAUCUACCCUCACCUCAUCUGAUUCCACAUCUACUACUCAGUCCCAUCACUUUUCUGCUCCUCCUCUCUCGUCUUCCCCUCGGUUCCUCAGCCUUGGUACCCCUCCAUACCCAGUCCCAUUUUCAAAGGGUGCCCAUCGCUUGGACAUUGACAUGUUUGGAAAUGACCCAGCAUGUGCCAAGAUCCAUGUCCUAAAGCAACUGAAGAUGGGGAUACAGACUCUGCCUGCAGGGGGCGAUAUUAUUUGCUUCAUGUUUGCAGAGGAGAGUCUCCGGGCUGUACUCAAUGACCUCUGUAAAGGGCUAACUCCAUUCAUUUUAUUCAGAGAACAGAUGCUGCUAGAUAUGAAAAUCUAGGCGA